GUUCAGUAGCACUCGCAGCGCCGCGCGCCUCACUCGCUACACAUGCGCAAGCGCACCGUCCCUCAGUGAAAGUUGCGCGCAUGAUCUACGUUUUCGUGUGCCAACAUCUUCGUCUAGUUAUUGUUUGUUGGUUGCGCCAGUGCAGCGGGGAAAGGAGGUCGAAACUUGUCCGCAACUCUGGUAAAAUACUGCAGUUUUAUAUGGAACGUUAUCUUGAAAAUGGUGGAGUAGUAAGAGACAUGCAGUUUAAAUAAAACUGUGUUGAAAUCUUUUGGAGUGCAUUAAUAUCGAGCAUGAUGAGUGGAAGUGAGCCCACGCUGACAGAGCCGCCGGUACCGCUGGCCCUGGCUCGGCUGCAGGGCCGGCCGGGGCGCGCGCCGCGCGGGCUGCGCUCGCACCGCCCCAGUCUGCCGCUCGCCAGCCUUCAGGAGUCCAUCGACGAGACUCCGCGGCGCUUUAGCGACGAACCGUUCACGCCUGAUACAGAUGACGACGAACCGUUUUCCGAUAUGAUACUCGCUGAACCGCCGAGAACGGCGGCUAACGGUCGGCGAGCUUCUGACGCAGCUUUCGCUGAACGAUAUAGACAGCUGAGCGAUUUCGACGGCCCUCCGCCUGAUCCCCCCCGUCGGGCUUCAUUGUCAGUGUCCGUGGGGGCAGAGGGGUUUAGUGACAAAGGUCGCCGUCGGUCCUGGGCGGCACGCCUGCAACUGGAGCGUAAGAAGAGACGAAAAUCAGGAGGAGGGAACGACACUGACGAGGAAAGUGACACACCUGUAUACAUAAGGCAAAAAAGGCCAUCUUGGUGGAAUGUAUUUGUGCCCGAUAAUAUCAAAAACAGGUCUAGGCGGGCUUCGCAGCAGCUGUCUCGCAGCGCCGAGAGUAUCGACCAGUCCUUCAAGAGGUCAAAAAGUCGGUCAGUGGAUCAUGGGUUCGCGGCCGCGUUCGAGCUGGACACCCUGCGGUCCAAGGUGGAGGACAGGUUCAACGCUGUCCACAGAGAUGAGGAUGAACACGCCAAACGAUCACCACCUCCGCCGCCGAUUAAGACCAUUACUUACACGGUCCGGGACCGUGACACGUUGACGUCGCUGGCGGCCCGUUUCGACACCACGCCCUCCGAGCUGACCAAGCUGAACAGGCUCGCCACACAGUUCAUCUUCCCCGGACAGCGGCUGUUGGUACCGGACAAGAAGAAAGGUGGCGAUAAGGACUCCGAUGGUCCCUCGGAGAGCGGGGACAACACGUCGGAGUCAACAGUGGGCCCGCCGAGCGAACCUGCACAAGAAAAAGAGAUCCUGGACAGCCUGCGGCCCGUGUCGCCGGAGGCGCCGACCAGCAGCAGCGCCCCGCAGCGCUUCCUCAAGAUCAACGUGCGCCACAUCACAGAUGGACAGGGCGUGGUGUCGGGCGUGCUGCUGGUGACGCCUAACGCGGUGAUGUUCGACCCGAACGUGUCGGACACGCUGGUGAUGGAGCACGGGCCCGAGUCGUACGGCGUCAUCGCGCCCAUGGAGUACGUCGUCAACACGGCCAUCUUCUAUGACAUCGCGCACAUGCGCACGCACGGACCUGACCAAAACACAAACAAGGCAGAGACAGCUGAAAUAUACUAUAUGAAUAAAUCCGAACAUUCUCCAGGAAAGGAUUCCCUGCUAGUCAAGGACGAGACUUUCCCAGAGCUGCAGGCGGCCAACGGCGAGGGCGCGGGCGACGAGCGGCCCGGCUCCGGCGACCCCGAGGACCGCGGCGGCGCCGCCUUCCCCAAGGCCUUCGAGCGCGAGCUCGUCACGCCCACCGCGCUCCAGCAACAAUCGACUGAAGAGAGGCGGAAGUCCCUUCUGGAUCAUCACUGGGCUAUCCCAAGCAAAGACAGGAUGUCUAUCGACCAAGGAAGCGAGGUAUCGAGCACUGACCAGAAAGAAGAAGGCGCCGUCGCGAGCGCCGAGCCCGGGUCCGGCACCGACGAGGCGGGCGCCGAGCCCGGGUCCGGCACCGACGAGGCGGGCGACGAGGCGGGCGCGCAGCCCGCAGACGCGCUGCACCUCGUCAAGCUCUCCUACCACGACUCGGGCAUAGACAUCCGCGACCCGCUGCUGCAUGUCACGCCCGCCAAGUCUAAGAAGGUGUACAGCGACGCCGACAUAGUGCUGUCGGCGGAGUGGGUCCCGCCGGUGUGCCUGCCGCGCGGCGAGCCGCCGCUGUCGGCGCCGCCGCUCGGCGAGGCGGAGCGCGCGCCGCGCAAGCCCGCCGCCGUCUCCUUCUCGCUCGACGGCAACAACCAGAAGGAGGACGCGAACAAGCCUGACAAGAAGAAUAAGAUGCUGAAGCGGCUCUCGUACCCGCUGUCGUGGGUGGAGGGGCUGACGGGCGAGGGCGGCGCGCCGGCCGGCGAGGCGCUGCCCGCCUCCGACACGCACAACACCAGCGUCUUCUCCAAAGUAUUCAACAGCUCGACAAUGAACAUAGUGGAGUUCGGUACUGGUUUGUUCCUGAGUAAAACCCCCUCCGAAGAGGCACCGCACGACGCGCUCGCCGCCCCGGGGCGCAGUUCGCUGGGCGGGUUCGGGCGCGCGACGCCGAAGCCGGCAGCCGGCGCGCAGCCGCGCCUCGACUACCGCAGCAUGGUCUCAGUCGACGACAUGCCCGAUCUCUUCGCUUCUUUUGACAAGCUAAUCCCGAGGCCUGCGCGGCCCAGCGACGACCCGCCGCUGUACCUGCGGCUCCGCAUGGGCAAGCCGGCGGGCCGCCCCCUGCCGCGCACCACGCCUCUCAUGUCCUACGGCCGCAAGCGCAUGAAGCCCGAAUACUGGUUCAGCGUGCCCAGAAACAGGGUGGACGACUUGUUCAAGUUCCUGACACACUGGGUACCGGACCGGUACGGGCCCCUGGGCGACGUGUCCGCGCAGGGCUUCGAGCUCAUCGACUCGGACACCGAGUGGGACGAUGACGACCACAAGCCACACAAGGGCGAGCGCACCGGCAGCUCGGGCGACGUGUCGGACAUCACGCGCGAGUCCUGGGAGCUGCUGAAGGCGCCGUACGUGAAAAUAUAUUCGAUAAUGAAGAGCCAGGCGGAGGCGCUGGGCGACUCGCUCGGCGAGGAGCCGCGGCCCGAGGUGCUGUCGAUGAGCGAUGAGCUGCGCCGCGCGCUGUACUCGACGGGCUCCUCCGUCGACAUGGAGUUCUCGCCGCCCGACCUCAUCGGCACCUCCGAGAUCUUCACCAUGGAACACAGAGAGAAACUGUGCAGCGUGCUGCCGCCGCGCGCGCAGGGCUACAUGUGGUCGCUGGCCUUCAGCACCAGCCAGCACGGCUUCUCGCUCGCCUCCAUGUACCGCAAGAUGCAGCGCGUCGACAGCCCCGUGCUGCUCGUCAUACAGGACACACAGAACAAUGUGUUCGGUGCGCUGACAUCGUGCGCGCUGCACCCGUCCGAGCACUUCUACGGCACGGGCGAGUCGCUGCUGUUCUCGUUCCAGCGCGUGGACGAGCGGCGCGCGUCCACGGAGGAGCCGCGCUCGCCGCCCGCGGCCCCCGCCCCCGCCGUCGCCGUCGCCGUCGCCCUCCCGCCCGACGUCGCCGUCGACGCCGAUGAAAAACACGAUGAAACGCCACCGGUGAAAACCAAAUUCAAGUAUUGGGGUUGGACGGGCGACAACAUGUAUUUUAUUCGUGGUAGCAACGACAACAUCUCAAUUGGCGCUGGCGACGGCAAGUUCGGGCUGUGGCUGGACGGCGACCUGUACCUGGGCCGCACGCAGCGCUGCACCACGUACGGCAACGAGCCGCUGACGACGCGCGAGGACUUCAUAGUCAAGAUCAUGGAGUGCUGGACCUUCAUCUGAGCGGCGCGCGCCGCCGCCGCCGCCGCCGCCGCCGCCGCCGCCGCGCCCGAGCCUCCGUCGCCGUCACGCCGCUCCACCCCCAUACUUCACGACAUAAGCUUUAGACUAUCUUAUGAAAUUUGCUAUAAAGAUUUGACAUUUUUACAAGUCAGUCUUUUCGACUGUAGUACCGAUGAGUCUGAGAACGAUUUUGUACUCGCAUCGUGACUCGAUUGGCGUAGAAUGACAUCGAUAGGCCGCAACGAAGACAAUAUAUCGAAACUUCUAAGCGCAUUUCUAGUCAAAUGUACUAAAGUAAACCUGACCAAUGUUUUGAUUCUCUUCGAAUUUAGUGGCGUGUUCUGAUGGAGCGUCGACCCGGAGCAGGGCGCGGGCGACCUCUCGCGAGUAGAGCAAGUGCAUUAAUCCUAGUCAAUUGUCACUCGUAUCUAAGUUGACGGUGUGUAGAAGAUGGCAGAGCUGCUAGCGCGAGCGCGAGCAGACCUCUGCUGGGGUAGACGUCGAAUAGUUCGCGUGCGGCGCGACCGAGUCCGCCGGCCGCACCGCCACCAGCCCAAUACUGAUUACGUGUCAAUUCAUACAAUUACUAUUGUGCAUUGUUAUUAAGAAAA